AUGGACGCCAAGACGAAUGCAGGCUCUGGAGAUAAUGCCAUCCCAUCCUGUGGUAGAUUCGUUUCAGACCAGAAGCCUACGGAGACUCCUGCUGCAUUUCAUACCCCGGAGGCAAUUGCGAUGCCCAAGCCCAAAGUCCAGCAGAUGCAAAGCUUCCUUGCUUGUGGUUCCAACGAGAAGUCACUCCCGUCAACAAGCGAAACAUCCAUCCAAGGUACUCAGUCAUCCUCGACCUCAGUCACCUUUCAUGCUCCAGACGACAAUCAAGGUUUCGGUACCGAGACUGAGAUUGUUCAAGACAUUUCUGAGUCGGAAAAGGAAGCUGAAGAUGACCCUGCGGACACGACAUACGAUCCGAAGGGGGGCACUAAGGCUGUGGCUGCUGGGCAGAAGUCCAAACGUAAUCCCACCAAGUCGACUGGUGGGAGGAAAACAGCGGAAGAGGUCGUCGAACGCCUGCACAGAAAGGCGGAAAAAGAGUUGAAACGCCAUCUCAGAACCGAGCGAGAGAGAAAACGGAAGGCUGGGGACGUAGACACCCACAUUGAGCCACCGAAGGCAAAACGAGUCAGGAGAACGUUCACCAAGGCCGAUGACAACACUGCAAGGGGCAAUAACGAAACGGGAGGUGCCUCAGGCGUCGCAGCAUCCAAUUCCAACGCCAUCACCCAAAAGGAGAGAAAUAAGAGUUUGAAGGGCAGGCACAAUCAGGGCACCACCAACCGCAGAACAGGGACUCAGCAACGUGACCUUAAGGAAGCAACGAACAUCUUUGGACUUCGCAGGGUUACGUGUUUCGAUGAUGAUACAUACCAUUUGAAAGGUAUGAAAGAAGACAACAGGCUGAAGGAAGAGCAGCUACCGGCGGCAUCAUGGAUGGUUCAGAGAGAGCGUGGCAUGGCCCCUCCGUAUGGCGGUCUUCUUUGCGAUGACACCGGAAUGGGCAAAACCAUGAUAGCCAUGGCAUGCAUCGUGGGCAACCCUCCUUCGCCGAAGGACGAUCAAAAGUGGAAUGGAGGCACUCUGGUCAUUCUGCCUUCAGAACCCGUCUUGGAGCAAUGGAGAAGGGAGUUCGGCAAGCACGUUGAGGACAUAAAAGACUCUGACAUCUACGCAUGGUCUCACGCACGCUUCAAGAAGUCGAGAGGCGAUCUCACAAAGUACAAGGUCGUUCUAACCACAGUCAAUGAUCUCUACAGCUAUCCUUCAACCAAAGAUCUACAAGAGCUGAAGGAGGUGCAUGUCGAAGGCAGCAAGAGAUACAUCGAAGCAUUGAGGAAGGUCGCCGGCGAGAUCUUUGGUAUCAAGUGGUACAGAAUCGUCCUCGACGAAGGUCAUUCCAUCAAGAACAUGAACACCAAGGUCUUCAGGGCAUGCUUGGGUUUACAGAAGAAGGCAUUCUUCGCUCUGACAGCGACUCCCCUGGUCAAUCGACAGAAAGAAAUGUUCCCAUACCUGAGGCUGCUGGGAGUGGAGGGCAUUGAACAACUUCAAGACUUCAAGGAAACCCAAGAGAAGCUCGAUGCUUUGGUACAUCUCGUUACGUACAGGAGACUCAAGAGUGAUGAGUUUCUUGGCAGGCCAAUUUUGGAUACCAUUCCACCGUUCAAGGUCAGAGAAGUAUGGGUUAGUCUCUCAAAAGAAGAGCGCAUCAUAUACAAUCAGGUCACUGAACAUUACGACCUCCUUUCACCCCCGAACCCCAUCGCAUGCAUGCCACGCCAGCGAUUGUUGAUCUCUCAUCCUUGGAACGCUGAGAAAGCAUUCCGUACCGAUUUCGGAGCCGACUUUUUGGGAGCCUUGAAAACGAAGCUGGAAGAGGCGAAGAGUGGAGAUGCAACUGACGCUGACACGGACCGCGCCGAUACUGAGAUGGCAGAUGAUGACGGCUCAGUUGCGUCGUUUGGGGAGCCAAAGACAAAGCGAGAUAUGUUGAAAGGAAAGUCGAAGGCGGUUGACUUCAAGCCGAACCGCCCCAAAACCUUCCACCCCCAGACGACAGAAGCGCAGCUCGGCAUGGAUACUCUCCUGCAGUACACCAUUAAUGAGAUCAGGGUAAUGGAGAACCAAUGCGGCAAGUGCGAGAAGAAGAAAAUGGUGGAUCCAUGGGUCAUUGUUGAAUGCCAGCACAUGUUUUGCCAGAAGUGCAUCUCAGAGACUUGGAGAGACCGCAGCGCUGAAACCAAGUGUUUAAAGUGCGACAAGCCCUACGACAGUAUGGAUGGGGCAAUCCCGGUAAUUUCUCUCGACACCAAAGAGCAAGAAUGCGAGGAGGCAGACGAGGAAAUGGCCACUCAGGAAUUAGCGUCCCAAGCACCUGCCCCGACAUCCAACAAGAAAGGCAAACGCCAGAAGAAGCUCAACGCCUCUCAGAUGAACAGACUCAAGCAGGCGAUCAUCGACAAGAAGUACGGUGCGGAUUACAACAACGUUUCUCUGGAACUGGAAGAGGACAACAGGGCGUUUAUGCACAUCGGAACUCAUGAGGCAAGCGGAGUCAAUUUUCUGGGCUCCAAGAUCGCCUGUGCCCGAGAUCUGAUCAUGCAGUGGCAGAGAGAGGCUCCGAAUGACAAGAUCAUUGUCUUCCAUGAAUUCGUCAAGACCGCCAAAAUCCUGGGCACAGCUCUCAACGACCUCGGCAUUCCCUUCAGCCUCCUUAACGGAAAGGUUGUUGGCGCAAAGAAGGACAAGGCCCUCAACGCCUUCAAAACCGACCCCUCGGUCAAGGUCUUGAUCAGCUCGAUCAAGGUCGGCGGCCAAGCCCUGAACCUGACCUGCGCCAACAGGCUCAUCAUCAUCGACUCGUGGUGGAACGACGCCGGCGAGCACCAGGCCAACGGCCGCAUCGCCCGCCACGGCCAGACGAAGCAUACCCACGCCGUCGUCAUCAGGGCUCGCGAUACCAUCGACGAGUAUAUCGUCGACAUGCAGAACAAGAAGGCGAGCGAGGUGGCCCACCGGCUCCAGGACGACGAGCACGAGACCAAGCUCAUGUCGGAUUGGGAGGUUAUGCUACACACCGCGCCCAAGAGAUACAAGGAGAUCGAGCAAAAGUUGCUGGCCGAGAUUGCGCAGGAGGAUUCGGAGGCUUUGGCGGCGCGGACACUGUCAACUGGUGGAAAGGCUGGUGCGAGCAAGUGA